CUCGAGCUUGCUUAGCUCAAGAGUACUGAACACUGGCUUCUAGGCCCCUUUAUACCUCACUAGAAGGCUUUCUGCUUCAAGCUGCACGCUGCCACUUCGAGUCAUGUGGGGACUGCACUGCCGCCUACCAUGACAGACAGCAUUUUUUGCUUACCCGUCUUGGAGUAUUAACAUCUUCCAGUUCCUGAGUUGUGGCCCUACUAAUUGGCUGGCAGCGUACUGGAUAUCAGAUGGGAUGGGGUGAUAGCCCAACUCGCCCUCUGCGAUGCAGUGAUAGGCACUCCUGCAUCUCGCUCAAUGCGAUAUCCCAUCUUCGUACUACUCGUCGCACUGACGUCUGCGGCUACAGGCGCGGUUGCGCGUCCUGUCCCGGCACCGAUGGCGGACGAGGAGGAGAUCUCGUGCGAGCGCAAGCGCCGGGACGUCUCCGUGGACAGCGUGAACCAGGGAUGGACGGUUGAUGGGGACAACAACGGUUGGAGCGUUGACGGGGACAACUACGGCUGGACAAUCAACGGCGGAGGAGUCGUCGUGUCUGGCGGCGGAGACGGAGGCGGAGGUGGCGGCGACGGCGGAGGGUUUGGAGGCGGCGACGGCGGAGGUGAUGGCGGGGGUGAUGGGGGAGGUGGCGGCGGAGGUGGCGGCUGCUAGUAACAUGGCUCGGGCCUCAUGCCCCUGGAAAUUUCUCGCGAGUGGUGAACUUCCUUUCACGUCUCUGAGGCUAUCACCCAGAAUCUUGCUGUAACGCAUCCGCAGAGAGAUAUGAAUCAUCCGAGAUUGACUGAUUCGCCAAGCUGUCGCCGACCGCACUAAAUUUCUUGAGUACGAGGGUACCGCUGUUCUAUGCGUACUUAAUCCGCGUCCUGGUCCACUCUCUCCAGGUACUGCGCUCAAUUUCCUGAACACCCCCGUCUCAAAUGCAGUUCACACGUCUCCUCGCUCUGGCAGCCCCAGUCGCACUCGGACUCGCUGCCGCAGUGCCGCGCCAGAACACGGAGAACAUAGCCUCCACGAAGCGAGAACCGAUCGAAGCCCGGCUACUUGCUGUCGAUGGAUACAACAGCGGAUGGUCUAUCGAGGGGAACAACGACGGCUGGGUCGUGGAAGGGAACAACAACGGCUGGUCUAUCGGCCGCAAAUAGAUACUGAGGGAAUACAUCAUUGAAACUUUCCGAAUGACUGGUAUAAUCAAUGCAUGAGAUCACAAUGUCAAACGGGGAGAGAUUCUCCGUUCGCACAAUACGACUCGAUGCCUUGCUGGUAUCAUGGGCUGCAUCGAGCGUGUGGGGCCUAUCAGAAUAACAAAUUCUUGGUCAUCUCAUUCAUUGCAGACUGAGGCACUAGAAAAUAAGUCCGCCCGUGUUGAAGCGAACAACGAACAUCUGCUGAUUGUCCUUCGAGCCAUCCGCCAGCAGCCCCUAUCUGCCUUUCAGUGUACAGCCACCUGUCGUAGAUUCGAUCAGAAGGUUUACUCAAUUUGGCCACGAGGCGUCGAGUCUGGGAAUAUGCCAACUUAGCACAGGAUAAGCAAUAGACUUGCCGCUAUUCGCGCGCCGCGGACAUGCUUUCAUGCCCCGGUUUUCGCCAGCGUUACACUGCAGCACACCCGGCCCUGACUAAUAUCUUGUUUCUCCCUCCUGCGUCGUCUAGGCCGGCCGCCAUCAUCUCUAUACCCGGGUUGUUCGUGGAGACGACGUCAUUUGCGCGUAACCUAGGGGACUGGGGAGAUUUCACAGCAGAGCCCAUCGAUACAUAACCGGACGAGGGAACAUUUUUGCUCGUUGUCUUCCCCUCCUACAGCCAUGGCCAUGACCCAGCGCCCACCGCGCAACUGCGACUACGAGCCGCUCCGCGCGUCCGUUUUGGACGUAUUCGAGCAGCUGGGCGCUUUCGACGACGACAGCGGCAUCGUGGAGUGGAUCUUUCCAGAGGUGCGGGAUGAGAAGGCGUCGCGGCCGAGGAGGCGGGUCAAGCUGACCGAGGUGUUCGACGACGACGACAACGACGAGAUGGCGUCGGCUGCGGCGAGCGACCCACCCCGGCAAUCCCGCACGUCGCGUUUCCUGAAAGGAAUCCGGUCGCGGUCGAAGUCGGGCACCAGGAAGGAUGUGAAGGAGAAAGAUAAAGAUAAGGGGAAACCAUCAGCACCGAAGCACAAAUCCGCGAAGAAGUCGAAAUCUUCGCCGAACCUACGCGAAGAAGGGUCUUCCGUGCCGCUUCCAGAGCCCAUCAAGCUGAGUGCGAGCACGGCUUCGGGCGAGCGCAGGGCGCGGAAGAUCUCUUUGUUCUCGCGCAAGGAGCCCUCGCAGACUGCGGAGCUUCCCUCGCGGCCAUCCAUCUCCGACGAAGAGUGGCAGCAGAUCACGAUGACGGGAUCUGUCGCGGACUAUGACGACAACCCGUUCCUGGGCCACGACGGCAGCGGGAGUCCCCUCGUGCGUGCUUCCCGCGGCCACCGCGCCCGUGCUGACGCGACUCACCCACAGCCGCCGCUGCAGGCGAAACGCGACGGAGGUCUGCACGGGCGCAUCUCGAGGAUCGCGAGCACGUUCCGGUCGUCCACCUUGGGCCCCGCCAACACCACCCCCGACACGUCCGUCUCGGCCGGCGCGACGCCGCGCUCGAGCCCCCGCCCGAGCGUCACGCUGUCCGCGUCCCCGCGCCCAAGCGCCGACUCGGCGAAGCGCAGUCUGCGGCGCACCAGCGGCACCGUCGUGUCCGAGGCGGGCUCCGCCCUGGGCGUGCGCGUGGUCCAGUCCCCGUUGCGCAGUCGGCCUCGGGGGGACACUGCUGAUGAUGACGACGAAGACGCCGGGUCGAUGACGCAUUCGAACGCGUCGACGAGCACGCUGCAAGCUGUGCCGGCGCCCUCGUCUGGCUCGGAGGAGGGAGCGUCGGCUGUUGUGCCGCCCCCACUGGACGACGACGAGGACUUUGCGCUGGAGACGACGUCCCAGAUCGACCAUGUGCGCACCCACCUUUCUGAUAUCACCGAGGGAGAUGGGUCGGAGGCUUCGCAGAGUCAGAGGAACUCGCGCGUCUCGACGGAGGAGACGGUCACUGCCGUGGAUGAUGAUGAUGGGAUCAAGUUAGAGCAUCGAUGAUCGUAGGGGGUGCUUGUGAUUUUCUUUUGGACUUUCGGAUUCUGGUUUUCGGCUCACUUAGUUGCGUCCCUGUAUGUAUGCUCCGCUUAUUUGUAGUCCUUACAGCCCUGUUUAAUAACAAUAGAGCCUCGUCGUCCCUACCAUGCAAUAGUAUCAGAGACACUUACAUAACCAUAACCCUACUAUACGGCAGCACUUGUCGUCCGCCACCACACCACCACCCAACACCACCAUCCCGCAUGUCCUAUUUUCUUCCCCAUCUGCCGUCGGGCUGGCACGUCGACGAAGCGAUCAAAUCCGAGGAGGACCGUGUGGUGGUGAUCCGCUUCGGACAUGACUGGGACUCGCAGUGCAUGACGAUGGACGAGACGCUCUAUGCCGUCUCGGAGAAGGUGCAGAACUUUGCGGUCAUCUAUCUCUGCGAUAUCACGGAGGUGCCGGACUUCAACAAGAUGUACGAGUUGUACGAUCCCUGCACGGUGAUGUUCUUCUAUCGGAACAAGCACAUCAUGAUCGAUCUGGGCACGGGUAACAACAACAAGAUCAACUGGGCUAUGGAUAAUAAACAGGAGUUAAUUGACAUAAUCGAGACGGUGUAUCGCGGCGCGUCGAAGGGUCGUGGUACCAUCAUGCAGUACUUCCUCGCUGUCCUCGCCUCAUUCUUCGCUGUCUCUGCGGCUGUCCCGCUGCUCCCCCGGGCAGCGGAGAUGGCCAACGCUACGGAGAUUCUCCAGUACGCGCUCACGCUGGAGCACCUCGAGGCUACCUUCUACGCCAGUGGUCUUGCAAAGUACGACAACGCCGCCUUCACCAAGGCUGGAUUCCCGUCCUGGGUCCGUGGCCGCUUUGCGCAGAUUUCACAACACGAGGCGGGCCAUGUCGAUUUCUUGACCAAGGCGCUCGGUAACGAGUCCGUUGCGGCAUGCAACUACAGCUUCCCCCAUACCGAUCCAGCCUCGUUCGCGGCUCUUGCCGGCAUUCUCGAGGGCGUUGGCACGAGCGCAUACCUCGGUGCCGCGCACUUCCUCACAGACACGACGCUGACGGAGGCGGGGUCCAUCCUCGCCACGGAAGCCCGCCAUGCGGCGUGGCUGCACUCGGCGGUGCUGAAGCAGGAGCCGUGGAGUGGGGCGUACGAGACGCCGCUCGACCUGCGCCAGGUGUUCUCGCUGGCGGUGCCGUUCAUCACGAGCUGCCCGUCAUCAAACCCCGCGCUCCCGCUCAUGGCCUUCCCCACGCUCAAGUUCACCGGCCCUAAAAAUGGCGCCGUGACGCUCGAUUACCAGACGAACCAGACGGGCGAUGCAUUCCUGGCGCUGUUCACCGGUGUCAACACACUCUUCGCUCCGAUCGUCAACAAGACCGCGAAGCUCCCCAGUAAUCUGCAGGGCACCGUGUAUGCCGUAGUCAGCUCGAACGGGUCUGCUGUCAGCGACGACACCACCCUCGCUGGUCCUGCGAUCAUGCAAUUCCCCUUUGGCGCCGAUGCUAAGAACCCUUGAUUCAUUGGUCUUGCGAACUGUCUUUGCAUCUUGUUGUGUCUCCCAUUCUGUGUAUCACUACGUACUGAUUCGAAUAUGACUUCUUUUAUUGUCGCAUGUGCCGUUUAGUCAAAAAAAAUAUUAUUACUGCGUUGCAGGAUCUCAA